GGCAGGGAAACCACCACCUGGCUUACAUCUGGAUGUAGUCAAAGGAGACAAACUCAUUGAGAAACUCAUCAUUGAUGAGAAGAAAUACUAUCUCUUUGGGAGAAAUCCUGAUCUGUGCGAUUUUACCAUUGACCACCAGUCUUGCUCUCGGGUCCAUGCUGCCUUGGUCUAUCACAAACAUCUCAAGAGGGUUUUCCUCAUAGAUCUAAACAGCACACAUGGCACAUUCUUGGGUCAUAUCCGCUUGGAACCGCACAAACCCCAACAGAUACCCAUUGACUCCACGGUUUCAUUUGGCGCUUCUACACGGGCAUAUACUCUGCGAGAGAAGCCUCAGACGCUGCCAUCAGCAGUUAAAGGAGAUGAGAAAAUGGGCGGUGAAGAUGAAGAGCUCAAGGGCUUGCUGGGCCUGCCAGAGGAGGAGACAGAACUUGACAACCUGACAGAGUUUAAUACAGCCCACAACAAAAGAAUUUCCACGCUAACCAUUGAGGAAGGGAACUUGGAUAUUCAGAGGCCAAAGAGAAAACGGAAGAACUCCAGAGUGACAUUCAGUGAUGAUGAUGAAAUCAUCAAUCCAGAGGAUGUGGACCCUUCUGUUGGGCGUUUCAGGAACAUGGUACAGACAGCAGUAGUCCCUGUUAAGAAAAAACGUUUGGAGAAUCCAGGCUCUUUGACCACAGAUGAUUCUGCAUCACGACGUAUGCAAAACUUUCCCUAUAGUGGAGGAUUAUAUGGUGGUUUACCUCCAACUCACAAUGAGGCAGGUUCCCAAUCGCAUGGCGUCCAUGGGACAGCACUCAUUGGUGGUCUGCCAAUGCCCUACCCCAAUCUUGCCCCAGAUGUGGACUUGACUCCUGUUGUGCCCUCAACAGUUAACAUGAACCCAGCUCCAAACCCUGCUGUCUUUAAUCCUGAAGCUGUGAAUGAACCCAAGAAGAAGAAAUAUGCAAAGGAGGCGUGGCCGGGCAAGAAGCCAACCCCUUCCCUACUGAUCUGAGUUGGGUUUUGUUGAGGGAGGGUGGGAGUUACGAACUCCAGAAACUGUUUAUGUGCAGUAUCGUCUUUUUAAAAUUUCAAUGUCCUAACCAGAUGUAAUACCAAGAUUGGAGAAGUGAAAUAUCCUUUAAAGAUGUCUUCAAACGUUUUUAUAUGUCUCUCUAAAAAAAAAAUACAGUUCCCAUCUCCUUUUGAA